CGGCGAGUCAGGUGGGCGCCUGCGCGGGGCGGGCGGCCGGGGAGCGCGGGCCUGCUUCGGGGGUGAGACCCGGGAGCGCCGCCGGCGCACUGGGGCGAGGGCGGCGGUGACAUUUAUCUAAAAACUGCUGCAUUGUUCCAGAGUAUCUCUGGGAGCCUUCCACAGAAGUAUGUGGAUCCUUUAUCUGGAGCUGCUGGCCAAAGAGGAAAAAAGACAUUAAAUGGACAAAUAGAAGGUAAUUUUAACAAAACAUACAGAUUUGUCAGCAGAACUAGACUUAGAAAUGACAUGAGAGGAAGAACAAGAAAAAUCUGAUGGAGAUGAAAAUAACCAUUCACAGCAUGCUUUGGAGCCGCAGUGUUGAGGCCAGACUUCCUGGGUUUGAAUUCUGAGUCUGUUGGUGACCUGCUGUGGGCUUGGACACGGUCCUCAGCCUCUCUGUACCCCAUCUUUCCCCGUGUAGAGGACCUCAUGCAUUACCUGUCUUCGAGAAUAACUGUGAGGAUCAAAAGUGCCUUCAGAUAUGGUCAAAGCACAGAUUAAUGACGUGAGCUACCUGAAUGACUGAAUUUAGUCAUCUGAAAGUGCUUCCCAGGAUGGUGAUGUCUUUACUCUAAGAUUUCCACAUUGCAAGUAGAACCGCUUGGCUUGAGGUAUAAAGGGAAGAAUACGUCGUUAGUAUUGUGGAGUGUGAAAUUCAUGGAAAUAAUAUUGACCUUAAAGCAAGAAGAAGAGAAUAGAAGAAAUGCUGACAUGUUAUAUGAAAAAAUUAGGGAGCAGUUAAGAAGAAAGGAAGACCAAUAUAGUAAAGAAGCUGAAAUGAAACAGCAACUUGAACUCACUCUCAGAGCACUAGAUGGAACUGAAGACUGAGAAAUGAUCUGAAUCAGUGUCUCUCCAGGUUAUGGAAGAGUGACAUGACGCUCAGAAGCAGCUUUCUGGAGAAGGGAAUGCCAGAAUCUUACAGGAGGGAAUCCUGGCCAAUCACCUUGCCAAAGAAAAGCAGAAAGAAAUGGCUGAUAAGGAAAUGAGCUCUUAGCCUAUCUUACUAUUUGAGACAUUACAAAAAGGUAUUGAAAGUUAUGGAAGCAGCAAAUAAUCUCAUGAUUGUCUAAGAAGAGCUCUCCAAGUUUUACCUAUCACCAUCCUUGUAUGCACCGUGAGUGAACAUCGAAAGGAACAAAGGUGAAGAAGCAGGAGCAGCAAGAGAAAUGGCGCUUUGAAAGCUUGCAGAGAUUGCCUGGAAGAACUGGAAGAGGUCUGGGACCUGACUUCACUUCUGCAAAGACACCUGUGGAGGUUCCCUGACAAGGACAGCUUUCAUCAGAUCUCAUGGCAAGAUUCACCUGGUGAGGUUUGCAAAGCAGUGCCUGCUGGAGGCCACCCACCAUGCAGGGAAGAGGCGGCUCCCACCAUUUCCCCAGCUCCUCUGACCAAGCAGCCUCUACCCUGCACUUCUGCCAUUUCUCCGGGGCCGAAGAGGUCGUGGAGGGAGACUCUGCUGGGAAGGGCACCAGGGAACCUAGCGUGCAGGUCAAAUACCUAGACAUCAAUAUCGAUCUCAGGAGAUCACGGUCUCCAAGGUCCAGUGAAAGCCCCUCACUGAACACCACAUCUGCUGCCUCAAAUACAGAAGAUCUACUCUUUGAGACACAGUCUCGUAAGCUUGAGUCUCAAGGGUUCACUGACCAGCAGGCUCCGGCUCAAGGCCGAGCUACCAGCGUGCUCCUUCAAGACUGUGAAACUGGAGUACUCCUUCAAGACUAUGCCACCGAUGUGCUUCUCAAAGAUUGUCACUCGAAUAUGUUUCUUGCCGCAAACAUCUUGGCUUCUCAGGAAUCUGUCCUAUUUUCAGAUCUUAUCCAGUGGAGACAAGUGCAAUUCCCAAAAACUCUAUGAUGCUACCUCAAUUGAAGGGAGCAGCCAGGGGCAGCAGGUGGACAUGAGGCGACAGCUCAAAUAUAAGAGCCACUGCAAGGAGUCUGUUCCCAAGGAUGGGAGAGAGAAAUAUACAAGGCCCAAAUUAAGACAGAUUAAAAAGGGGCUGGCAGAACGGAGGGCUUACCAAGCCCAAGGGAUGAGUCAUCCUGGCCAGAAAAAAGAAUCAACAGAGUCCCUAAGAAGCAAGUUUCAGCAGUUAGUCCUAAAGAAGAGACAGGUUCCAUCAGAAAGCCACUUCAAAGAAAGGAUUAAGCUCCUUCUGCAGUGGAUUUUCCCCAGUAAAGGCAGAGAACCAGAAGAGCCCUUGCAAAAAGGCAGGCCUGAAACAGCCACUGUCCAGAGCCAAGAAUCAAUCAAGAGCAAAUCGACCAUGGACAGCAGGGCUGUUGAGGCUCAGACUCUCAUGACAGCUGUUGGGCAGAUCUUAAAGGAGAGGAUGGUCUUUCACCACGGACCUCACGCCACAGAGUUAAACUGGUACCAAGCAGAAUUCCAGGGCCCCCGAGGUCCACAUUACUACCACCACAGAAUCCUGUCUUACCAAGAGGAAAGAAGAAUGAGGAGAGAUACACCCCGUUAUCACCAAGCCACCCCAACGGGCCAUAGCUUUUCAAAAAAGAGUAAGUGGACCAGUCCCAGGGACAGCAGGUGGGCCUUCUCGCCCAGGGAGCCAGGGCCCCCUCCAGGCAGAGUCUGCCAGCAUGGCUCACGAGUGACACGGGUCACAGGCCAUUCCCUCCACUGUCCAAGGCAUGGUCUCCCUCAGAAAUAUACCUCUUCUGGUGAAUCCGAACAUGCUUUUCACAGCAUUCCGGGUAGGAAAACUCUCCUCCAAGAAAAAAAUGCAUGCCAUGCAGAUAAAUACAUUUUUCUCCAAUGUUAGCACAUCCUCUGUGUGCUAAAGGCUUCUUCCUACCAGAAAUUUUGUUUCAUGAAAUAAAUGUGUUUUUUUUUUUUCCCAUGAAUAGGGGUAGUGGCCUGUCGGUGCCUCACUGAGGGAGAUGGAAGGCAUCGGGGUCCACGCUUCCCAGGUGCCUGCUUUGACUUCCAGAUGGGAUGGGGCCGUGGAGGGAGGGUGACCCCAGCAUGGAUACUCACCCUCACCCCAGUUCCAUAACUGCGCCUUCAGUUUCCAUAAUACCAGCAUUAGAGAAACAAGCAACAGCGUUUAGGACAUGUCACAGUGAACUAAACCUAAAGACCUCCCCCUUCUCAGGAUCUUGCUCAGUUCUAUCCUACUCUCUCUCUACCUGUUCAUUGUGCAGCUGGUAGGGGAGGUGUGUUUAGAAGCUGAAAUUCCCCUCAGGCUCAAGAAGUGUCAGGGACAAACUCACAUGUCAGAAUAAGGAGGGGAGUCCAGAGGUGGGACAAGCCUCACCCCCGAGUCACAGCGGGGUGGAUGCUGCUGCCCUGAAAGCCCCUUUCUCUCCCAGAUGUGGCUGGGAUGGGAUGUAGAGGAAGGAUGUUAGUGGCAGGGGAGCCCAUAGAUGGUGCAUUUACCAAGGAGCAUUGGUGUCCCACCACCGUCCACAGGGCCAGAGGAAAGAAGUGAGGGGCCUGGUGGCUGAUGCUGGCAUCACUCCAGAGUCUCCCCUCUACUGUACUUCCCCGGACCUGUCUGAGGGAGGCCACCU